UCAUCAAGUCAAAAGGAAUCUGAAGGAAGAUUCAUUUGAGAAUCGAGAGAGUGGAAAAAGUAGAAAAGUCCUUCUUCUUGAUCCUUCAAUUAUUCUAGUUUAGCCGAACGCAUCUAUCCACCGGAAAUGCCAACUUUAACGAAGCUAUACACGAUGCAAGAAGCUUCGGAGCACAAUUCCGCCGGCGAUUGCUGGGUUGUUGUCGACGGCAAGGUGUAUGACGUGUCAUCGUAUUUGGAAGAACACCCAGGUGGAGAUGAUGUCCUCCUUCAGGCUACUGGGAAAGAUGCGACAGAUGAAUUUGAAGACGCAGGGCAUAGCAAAAGCGCUAGGGAACUUAUGGAGAGUUUCUGUGUCGGGGAGCUGGACACGUCAGACAUCCCUCAACUAGAGGUUAUUUCGGAAAAACAAACCAAUUACAUAUCCGAGAAGCUGGUCGAUCUGAGCAAGCAAUACUGGGCGAUCCCGGUAGCAGCCAUCGGCAUAUCGGUGGUUGUCACCUUCUUGUACUUGCACAAGAAGUAGCAAAGGAGGUUAGUCGAAUUCUGGGGGGUUUUGGACCAUUGAAAUUUUGUCAGUGGAUUUUUAAACCUAUAAUCUGAGUAAAAGAUACAUGAGAUCCAUUAGGAUAUGGAAUCACAACACCACUUUGUUUCAUUGUGGUUAU